AUGAAUGAAAUUAUAAAUGAAUAUCAUGAAGAAUUAAGAAUAAAUUUAAAAAAAAAUACAAAUACAAUGGAAAAUAUUAUUCAACAAAAUCCAAUUUUAUCUCAAUCGAAUCAAGAUUCACGAUUAAAUUGUUCAUUAGAAACAAGUCAAGUUGUUGCGGUUGCUGCAUCUAUUAAUUUAAAAAAUCUUCUUUCUUAUCAAGAUGUUAUGAAUGCCAUUGAACGUGAUUAUCAUUUACAUGAAGGACAAGAACGUGAAAUAAUUAUGAAAUUAUGGUUAAAAGGACAAACAAUGAUUGCAAUUUUACAACGUUUUAGAUAUUUAUUACAAGAUCUUAAUAUAGAUGAUAAAGAUUAUUCUGAAGGAUUAAAACAAAUACGUGAAAAACUAAAUUAUGCUCAUCGUGAUGUAUAUUAUCUUCAAGAAAAAAAUCUUAUACUUGAAAAUCGAAAUCAUUUUCUUGAAAAUGAAUUUAAACGACAAUUAGAUAAAAUAGUUGAAGAAAAAAAUGAACAUAUUAAUCGACUUAUACAUAUUAUUGAUCAAACAUAUACACGAUCAACUCAAAUAAAUAAUCAUAUUAAUGAUGAAUAUUAUUCAUCAAAAGCUGAAGAAUUAUCAAAAAAAUUUAUGGAACAAAAUAUUGAAUUACAACAUGAAAUUGAAACAUUUCGUUCUAAACUUGAUUAUAUUGUAACAUAUAUUAAUCAAAAAUUGGAUCAACAAAAAAUAACAACAACAACAUUAUCAUCUUUAUCUAUACAUCAAUUAGUAUUUGAAACUAUGCAACAAGAAGAAAAUGAUCUUUUAAAAUAUUUAAUGGAAAAAUCACAAAAUAUAUCAGAUAUUGAGCAAACAAAAUUAUUUUCUAUUAUUCAACAACGUUCACUUGAACGUGAAAUUGAUCUUGUUCGUCAAGAACUUGAAAUUACAGAGAAAAAAACUAUUCAAUUUGAACAAACAUUUGAUAAUUCAGAUGAAGGAAUUAAAGGUCAUAUGGAAAAUCUUAAAUUAAAAUGUGAUAAUAAAAAUAUUGAACUUGAAUUUGAAUUAUUACGUUUACGUGAACGUUAUAAUGAAUUAAUUGAACAUACAAAUACACUUAAAUAUGAAUUAAAUAAUGCACAAAAACAAUUACAUGAAAAAGAAAAAAUUGAGCCAAAUUUAAAUGUUGAUUUGGAAAAAGAACGACGACGUGCAGAUGAAUUUGAAAAUGAUUAUAAAUCUUUAAAAAUAAAAUAUGAUAAUGUAUGUGAACGUAUUCGUAUAGCUACACAUCAAUUAGAACAUGUACAAAUUGUACUUGAAGAAACAUCACGUCGUUGUGAACAAUUAGAAAAAGAAAAGCUGAAUAUGCAAAUGAUUCUGAUUGGUCGUCCGGCUAAGUUCACACUGGUUAAUACAACAAGUUCGGAUUAUAUACGACAAAAAUUUCGUAGAAAAUUAUAUAUAUUUGAAGAACAAUGUGAACUUAUUAGUUAUUUAGCUGAAAAAACAACUGUACAUUAUAAGCCAUCAGAAAAACGAACACUAGAAUAUAAUGUCAAAUAUGAAACAUUUUUUGCCUUACGACAAAAUGUGCCUACAUUAAAUUGGUUAACAUCAAAGCAAAAAGAAACAGAGAAGAACAUUUGUUUUAUGCCUUAA